AUGAACGACUCGGAGGAAUUGGCAGAAAAGUACCACAAGCUCUUCCAGGACUACACGCGUAUCAAGGCACAGCAUGCUGUUCUCAAAAAGGCCGUGCUCAAGUCGCUUCAAGAUCUGGAUCUACUUACCUUCCACAACCAGCGACUGACAAAGCGCAUAGAAAACCUGCAGAACCAGACAGCCACGAAAUCAGGAGGUUCAUGGCUUAUGGGAGGCGGAUCUGUCAAGAAGGAGCUGGAAAAGUCACAGACAACACUGGAGGCCGCCACGAUAGACCUUCAAGCCAAGAUUGAAGAGAAUGAGAACCUUCACCAACAACUCUAUGAGAUUAACGCAUUAUACCCAAGACAUGUCACCGAGCUCCAAGGCAAGAUUCAGGCUUUGGAGAAGCAAAACCAGGAACUUCAGGUGGAUGUCCAACGCGCUGGAGUUGCCAACGAAGACACAAUUGCCAUGAUUCGGAAGGAAAAGGAAUCCGUGGAAAAAGAGCUCGGAAUGAUUCGAGACGCGCUUGCAGGCCAGCUUAAGGAUGAGCAACGGUCUAGCCAAACCCUGCGAGACAAGGUCGAGCGGCUUGAGAACGAGAUUGAGCGAUUGUCAAAAGUCGAGGUCGAGCUGGAGGCGCUUCAGGGCGAACACUCAAAACUGCAAGGCGAGCUCGAGACGCUGAAGUGGAUUUCGUCGGAACUAUCACAGCUUCAAGAGUCUUUUCACAAACUGGAACAGGAAAAGGUUCAAAUUGACAGGGCCCAUGCACAACUGUCGCAGCAACACACAGCGCUGAAACACGCGGAGGAGAGCGCCAGGAGAACCCUGGCUCAGGUUCAAGACAGCUUGAGAGCUGCCCAGGACCAAAGCCGGAGACUGACCCAGGACUUGGAGGCGGUCCGAGGAGAGGCUUACGAUCGCGAUCAAAAUCGGCUGAACCACAUCCAGCAACUCGAAUCGGAGCUGGCGAGUGUCCGACAGGAACAGGAGCAACUCAAGGGUCAGUAUGAGGAACUUAAGGUGGCGGAGCAAACAGCAAAAGCAGGAGAGUCCCAAACCAAAGCUGAGCUCGCAAAGGACCUCUCCAACAUGGAGUCUAACCUGGUAGCUACGGCAGCCAAGGUGAAAGAGUUGGAGGAAGUACGAGCGUCUCUCGAGAAGGAGCUGAUUGAAACCAAGGAAGCUCUCAAGGCAGAGCAAGAAAAGGCCACCGCUGUGACCCAUGAAGCACCAAAAGAGGACAGUAAUGUCGACAACGAGGCCAAGACAGAGCCAGAGGACAACCACGUCACAGAAGAAGAAGGCGCCGAGAAGGACAAAGCUCCGCUUUCAAAGAAGGCUAGGAAAAAGAAGGCAGCCGUUGCCGCCGCCGCCGCCGCAGCAGCAGCAGCAGCUGCAGCCGCCACCGCGGCUGGCGUCAAGGAAGAGAAGACCGCAGACGAGCCAAGCGAGGACCCCAAGGCCACCAAAAGCACUGGAGACAAUAGACCGGAUACGGAGGUGCAGGCCGAGCAGGAGUCGCGGAGACGGCAGGAUAUUGCCCAGGCCAAGAAGGAAGUGGAAGAGUCUUUCAAUUCUGAGAUCGAGUCCCUUCGGGCAAAAAUCGAGGCAUCUCAGGAAGCAGACGCCACCCAGCAAGCGAAAUUGACUGCAGUUCAAGCCGCGUUGGAGGCCGCCAAGGACGAAAAGGAGUCGCUGUCGAGCUCACUGGAGAUGCAUGUUGACCUGACUAUGCAGCUGCAACAAGAAGUCGAAGAGAUGAAAUCCAGCCUGGCCAAAGCGCAGCUUGUGAGGAGAUCCCCUGUCAUGAACCAAGAUGACGAUGACGAGCCACUCGUGCGGACGCGACAGAUGAGCGGCGCACAAGGAAACAAAGGCGACCGUACGCCUCAACGAGCAUCGACCCCUGUACCAACGGCUGCACCUACGGAGAGCAGCAAGGCUGUGGAGGUCAAGGACGAGUCGACCCAAGUGGAAAUAGUCGAGGCUAGCGACAAGGCUGUGCAGUCCGAGAGUGUAGAACGCGUGGACGAGAGCACCCAAGUGGAAGUUACUGAAGGAUCUGUUACCAAAGCAGAGUCUUCAGCAGAGACCGAGACGCCAGAUAAAGCCAAGGACUCGGAGGAUGUGGCGGAGAGUAGGGAAGUCAGUACUGGAGUUUCGGGAAAUGCUGUGAGAGCUAUUGAUGAUGUACCGACGACGAGGUCGAUGUUGGGACAGGAAGCGAUCAACUCGACAGGGGCAAGCACAAACCAUCAAGCCAACCGUGAGUUCCUGAUCAAGAAGCACUACGAAGUCAAGGUCCAGAAUAUUACGGAGCAGCUGCAGCUGUCGGAUGGACGGUAUGCACGACUUCACAAGGAGUUUGGGAUGCUGAAGGGGCUGCUGUUGGAGACUGUCCGGGAUAAGGAAGCGAUGGGCAAGGAGUACCAGCAAUUGCAGGCCAAGAACGAGCUGUUGCAGGAGGAGCUAGCUGCGGCCAAGGAGGACAAUCGGGCGCAGGUCGAGACGAUGACCAACUUUAUGAAGAGUCUUGACCAAGGAAUAUAA